GCCGCCAUCGAAGAACACUGGUUCCACUCCGGUGGCACUUCCGUCAGUGGAUUCACAGAGUUAGGGGAGAAAGCUGGCGCUCCGUCCAAUUUUGUAUCAUCGAUUUUCGAGAUUUCAUCUGCAACCUGCAAAGUUUCAGUAGAGCUGGAGUUCACCGUUGGUCGGACGACUACGAGCAGAAAAAAGUGGUUCUUUUGAAGCUUCUUCGGCGGGAUGAGGUUUGGGUUCCUUCUGCGCUUCCAAUCUGAUCUUUUCUAAGCGUCGCGGCUUCAAUCUUCCAUGGUAAUUUUUAGAUUAGAAAGGGAGUGAUUGAUUUGGGGGCGGCGGUGGAAAAUCAAUGAUGCACAGAAUUACGUCGAAGGAACCCCAAUCGGAACUCCUCCGCACACAACUACAUAUGAGCUCCGGCCUUGCUCGGUUCCGGUCAGCUCCGAGCGCGUUUCUCGGAGACAUCUUCGACGAGUUGUUUCCUCUUCCGCCCGAGACUGAUACCAUGUUCCCCAGAUUCUCGACCACAAACCUCUCAGAUAAUCACUCUUCGGGCAGCGGCCAGUUCCGGCCGCCAGAUUCGUUGGAGUUGCCCAGCUCCCGUCAUAACUUUAUAUCUCCCUCAGCUACGCCGCCGACGUUUUCUGAACAUCAGAUUGAAAACAUCAGGAACUCGUCCAAUCUCACUCGCCAAGUGAGCUCUCCUGCUGCCGCCUUAUCUUCCUACUUGAAUGCAGAUAAUGUAGGCUACGCUAUGAUGAGCAGUUCAAACAGUUACAGAAACAAGGAUCUUCCUUCAAUCAGUUGCUCACCGAGGCAAAACUCUCUGAUGUCUCAGAUUUCUGAGAUCCGAAGCAAAGGAAGUGGCCAUGGCAGUGAAUCAGAGACUCAGUUCGAGGAUGCAGUUCCUUGCAGGGUUCGAGCCAAACGGGGUUGCGCUACUCACCCACGGAGCAUCGCUGAGAGGGUGAGGAGGAAUAAAAUUAGUGAAAGAAUUAAAAAGUUGCAGGAACUUGUUCCUAACAUGGAUAAGCAAACCAACACCGCCGAUAUGCUCGAUUUAGCAGUCGUUUACAUCAAAAAUCUACAGAAACAAGUCAAGAUGCUUACAGAAGAGCAGGCAAACUGCACCUGCUCAUCUAGCAAGAAGAGGAAGUACCCGAGCAAUGGAGUGGCCGAGUGCUGUAAAAUAUGAAAUGCUGGUGAUUGGUCAUAGUAUCAGUUCUGUGAGAUAAAUUUUAACUGGAGGAAGAAAAGCAAUGUACACAGACAAAAAAGUCACAAUCUUGCUCGGUUUCUGUGAGUUUGUGUGUUGAGUUGUUUUUACCCAAGUAGAUUUGAUCAAUUAUUGGAAUAAGCAUUAAGCUUCA